AUGGCCUUAUAUUUGGAUCAUAUGAGAGAGAUUGCAAAUGAAUUCGACCAGUUCUCUAUUGGGCGGCGAUCACGGAUGGAAAACAGGCACGCAUAUACUUUAGCAUAUCUAUCUUCCGAAGUCGAUACUGAUACCACCUGUUUCGUUGUAGUGGAUUUCCAAGAAUUACCUAGCAUCUCCGACAGCCACUUUGUUCAGGAUCUCGAACACGCUAGUGGGGGCGAGAGGGCAUCUGCAUUGGCACAUGGAGAUACCGAGAACGUUGACAGUCCAGUGAUAAAUGAUUCAAGUUGUCCUGCUGAAAACACUGCAGACUGGCGUCAACCUUAUGUUCGGUAUUUGACAACCAGUGAACUCCCAGAAGAUGAGCAUCUCGCUUCAAAAGUGAAGAAGAAUGCUUGGAGAUAUUCAAUGAUUGAGGGACAGCUGUACCGCAAACCUGUAGCUUUGGAGCCAUUUUUGCGGUGCAUAUCAGCCGAAGAAGGGCACAGAUAUUGGCGGAGGCUCAUGAAGGAAUAUGUGGAAACCAUUCUGUAG